AUGAGCGCAUUGGUGCCAAAGUUGAACAAUUUGGAUGAGGUAUAUGCCGGAGUCGGCGAAGGCCACAACGUCCCUGCUGAUCUCCGGAACCGCUUCAACCACUUGAUCAAAUCCUUCCAAGGCAAGUACGGUCAGAAGCCAGAGUUCGUCUCGAGAAGCCCGGGCAGAGUCAAUAUAAUUGGCGAACAUGUCGACUAUUCGUUAUACAACGUCUUGCCAGCCGCAGUCACGGUCGACGUGCUCAUCGCUGUCCGAGUUGUCAAGGAUGCCAGCGCUGAAGAUCCGAUAAUUAAACUUGCCAAUGUGAAUUCCACAAAAUAUCCGCCAAAGGAUUUUACGAUCUCAAGCUCUGGUACAGUGGAAGUGGACAAAGAGCACCAUUCUUGGACCAACUAUUUCUUGGCUGGUCUCAAGGGGUCCCUCGAGUACCUCCGCAAGAAGUUUGGCAAUUCGUUCAGGGCUAAUGGCAUGGAACUUUUGCUUGAUGGAAACGUUCCAGCUGGGGGCGGACUGUCUAGCAGUGCUGCUUUUGUCUGUGCCUCCGCUCUCGCAGUCAUGACAGCCAACAACUACGCCAUCUCAAAGCAGGAUUUGUUGGACAUCUGCAUUGUAUCAGAACGUGCCGUCGGCGUCUUUUCCGGAGGGAUGGACCAGGCUGCCUCGAUAUUCUCCGAGAAAGGAUACCUUCUUUACUGUCACUUCUUCCCCCAAUUCUCGGCAGAAAACGUUCCUGUACCGGCAUCAGAACCUGAAAUCACCUUUUUGAUCGCUCAGUCUUUCAUCACAUCCGACAAGGCGGUGACGGCUCCCUUCCAUUACAACCUCAGAGUCGUGGAAUGUACUCUAGCUACCGUGGUAUUGGCGAAACUUCAUGAUGUUGUUCUUAACCCGGACGAGAGCUCUCUUGGAUUCUGCUUGCGAAACUUCCAAGAGGAGAUCAUGAAGAAACAAGGCCGUCGGGAUGAGCCCCUCAGCGUUCAGGUUGAUGUGAUAAUUGAGAUUAUCAAAGCGAGCCUCGACAAAGAGCGUUACACCAGGGAAGAUAUAGCCAAAAUCUUGGGAAUCUCAGUGACAGAGCUGGAGAAGCAGUACAUGUCCAAAUUCCCGAUUCAGGCGGAUUCUUUCAAACUCAGACAACGCGCAUUGCAUGUCCUGGAGGAGGCAGGCCGGGUCUUGAGAUUCCGGGAGACGUUGAUGACGUCUGGGAAACUUCACCAGAAGGAGCUUCUCUAUCUCGGUGAACUGAUGAACCAAACACAAGCCUCCUGCAGGGAUAUGUACGAAUGUUCUUGUCCCGAAAUCGAUGAAAUCUGCUCUCUUUCAAGGCACGCAGGAGCAUAUGGUGCUCGACUUACUGGAGCUGGCUGGGGCGGCUGCACGGUACAUCUGGUGCCGCAGGAAAGGGUUGCAGAUGUGAUUGAUGCCCUCAAAAAGGACUACUAUUUCAAGAAAUUUCCGGAUAUCAGCGAAGAGAAACUUCAAGAAGCCAUCGUCAUCUCCAAACCCAGCCGAGGAUCGUCGCUGAUUAUCGGCCCUGCUCUCGAUGUAUAA